AUGAGAGAGCACUUCACGCCGCCAUGUCUCGAUGCCAGUCCCACUUUGCUAACACUUGUAUCUUACCAAAAACUUGUCCCACACAAAGCUGAGAUCAGGCUCUGCUUUCAUUUUCCUGGGUCAAAAGAUUCCAGGCCAGCAAAGCGAAUCAAAAGUCUCUCAUUAAGGGACGGUUCAUUAUUUAUGAGGAUGACCGGGUCGGGAAAAAAAUAAUAGCUUUCCUCUUUCUUUCUAAAGCCCGCCCAAAAGGCAUUUUGUUUUUUCGUAGCCCGUUCAGUAUUUGGGGUCAAAUUUUUCAAAGCCCGUUCAAAUUGAAGUGAGUACCUUGUGAAAAUCAUUCAAUGUUUAUUUACGACUAGAGCAACUAGUGCAUGUUCAGAUCAAAUACACAACUGUUUGCCGUUCGAGUCAGCAAACGGCUAUCUAUCAAAGGAGUUGAGCGAUUACAAACGAUAAUUUAUUAACAUCUGUGAAAAGUGCACGUUAACAAAUGCCAUCCAGCUUGAGGCAUUUCAUCGUUUGCCAAAUAAGUGAAAAAGUCCUAAAUAUAUCUUUGAACACGAAUAUAUAACUGUUCGUAUUAAAUGACUUGCAAGAGGCGUUUGGAGUUUUCCAACCUCUCCAAAGAGAACUUCUUGUGGAGUAACGUUUCCCUUGAAAGUUUUCGACGUUUUGUUAAAGGAAUAAGUUUCCACAAACAUGUUUUUAAACACGUUCGCGAGACGUUCACGAGGACAUUCAAAACUUUGUUCCAGGUCUCUGUUGCAGCAGCAAGACAUGGGAAGACUGGUAACUAAUGUCCACAGGGCAUGAAAAAAUGAAACGGAUUUAUACAAUUUAUACUGUGGUGUUUCAUAUUAGGUUCUGUUAUAGCGCCCGAAUUAAUUUUUUAAAAAGUCAACUGUUUGCAAACUCAAUCAAAACCAUAAAAUUCCUCUUCAUCUGAAUCGCUUUGAAAGACAAACCAUAUCUUUUCACUUUCAUCGAUGCUAUAACGUUCCCGUUCGCGUGAUGAAGUCGCGAUCGUGUCUUGGUCUGAGUCAGGCCCACUUAACAAUUCUGCAAGGACAAUAUCCUCCUCACUUUCAUCGUCCCCUGAGAUGUCAAUUUCCUCGUUGUCAUCUUCCGUUCCACAUUCCUUCGUCUCCUCGUCAGUAAAUUCAUUCGUAUCUUCCUGUUGACCAUGGUUUCCGAGAAGCACAUGCAACGAGACUCUCAGUAUCUUUUCAGCUUUGGCGCCGCUGCAUACGAGUUUGUAAUGUUUAAGGUAUUUAUUCAGCUCAGAUACAAGCAAUUUUUUAAAUCUCCAGACUCUACGAGGUCGCGCCAGGCAUAUUCUUCAAACGUUUUGGACAUCAUUUACGUUCAUUUUACGCUUUUGUUCUGCGCGCCCCCUUGUUCUAAUGCCACUUUGUAUUUUAAGAUCUUCUAAAUGGGCAAUGUAUGCCUUGAUCAAGUGCGGCUCCACGGCUAAUUUCUCCGAAAACUGCUGGAGCUCUUCUUCCGUUGUUAACAUGCCGUCACUAAACAUUUUCUUUAUGUUUGCACGUGGCUGAAAAUCAUCGGGCACUCAAGGCUGCCCGUUUUCUGUGGUAGUUGGUGUGUCAUUGACCGAUUUAAAAUGGGUAGGAUUUUCAGGAUCUGGCACAGGCUGGGGAAUACGUUUCAUGGGCACUGGACUUGUCCAUCCUUUGUUAGAACAAAAUGAACAACGUUCAGUGAUGGCUGUAGAACAGUCACCGUACAAGUACUCCAUAAAGAGCUCACCAAUUUUGUAAUGGGAAUCGAUGAAUCGUAGAAUUUUUUUAAUGUACGCACUUCCAGGGACACACGAUUUCUUAUUCUGAGUCGCAGAUUGGUAUUCCUUAAGAUUACUUUUGUUGAAAAAAAAGUUGUCACCUUCAUUUUUUUCAGCAAGGAGAACACUGUAGUGCGUGCAGAAAAAAUAUUUUCAAUUCAGUAGGAGUUGCAACUUGAGAUCCUCGAUCAAAACAUCUUGUUUUUUUGUGUACAGUCUGGCGGAGUCCGAAGAUUUAAUAUUCCAACCGUUGGAGUUCACUUUGAGUAAAAUCCUUGUCCAUGCAUCAUUUGAAAUUCUAAUUUGAUUACAAGCUCUGAAAUGUCAAGGAAUAUAAACAACUAUAAAAGAGCAGCUCACAAAGUACAUUUGUGUCAUUCCGUGGCCUGUCAAAAUUCUCGAGUGUUUGAUCGCAAAACGCGAGCUUUUUCUUGCGGGUAUAUCCCUGCAUUACCAAAAAUAUUGUAGCAAUAUUUCUUUGAUAUGAAAGUACGACAAUUUACCGCGUGAAUUUUCAACGACGAAUACAGUUUCCAUGUGUUGUUCUCAUCAAACGACUGCCGCGUUUCUACCACAGUUUUAGUUUAUGUUGAUUUUUUUUAAAGCCUUGUCUCUUUGUUCAAGAAAAAAACACAAAGCCCGUCGCCACGGCAAGAAAAAUUUCCAAAGCCCGUUCGGUUUUUUCCCGACCCGGUCAUUCCCAUAAAUAAUGAACCGUCCCUAAGUACAGUACCAGGGUACCUGGUACCUACCUACAAUCGGCGACAAAAUGAGUUGAGACACUUCGCCCAAAAGUGGGCUUUUUUACGUUUUAUGAACUUCAAAAGGAGGAAAUAAUUAUAGCUUUCCUCCCCCAUCCCCUCCAUGCAAUGUUGUGCCCUUGUUCUAGCUACCUAUAGAAAACAACAAACACCCCAACUUUGAAUGGAGGGGACAGGGGAGGGGUGCAGAUUCUUUUGUUCUCCGAAGUCACCCUAUUUAAGUACAAUGUCUCAACAAUUUUGUCGCCGAUUGUAGUUUAUAGAGUGCCGCUGACCAAGAAUAGGCUGCAGGCUCCUUUUGUCGCCCACAAUUACGAAUACAAGAGAUGCCCCAAAGGGAUGCCUAAUUGGUGA